CGCGGUGCGUAGAUCGCGCUGGAUCGCGCUCGUGCUCGCGCCGAUCGCACGCAGGCAGGCCACCUCGCAGCUACUCCGCGCGACAACGCACAUACGUGGACAGGAAAGCGUGGAAAGGGCCGUGUGGGCCGCCGCUUGUGUCUCUCCGCUCGCCGCGCUCGCCAGCCAAUAUGACGACUCGUCGGUCCUGAGCCCGCAGCUCGCAGGACAGAGAGAGAUAGUGUGAGAGAGAGACUCUCCUUUUUUUUCGCCCCGUUGGCGACGCGCCACGAGGAGAGUGACGGACAGCCGCGGAUAAGUUACUUGCGGCAGCUGCUACCCGAGUCUCGAGAGCGCACGUGCGGAUCGCUGGAACGAGCGCGCUCCGUCGUCGUCGUCGUCGAUCGCACCGACCUUCCCCCGUCCGAGGACCGUCGCGCGGUACCAUGAGCGCGCCCCAGGCACCGGUGAAGCUGCGCAACGGGGUGGUGAAGCAGGUGACGUCGGGGGACACCGUUGUCAUCCGCGGGCAGCCUAUGGGCGGCCCUCCACCUGAAAUAACCAUCACUCUGUGCAACAUUACCGCGCCAAAACUGGAGCGUUGGAAAGGAAACGACAGCACGGAUGAGACCAAAGACGAGCCGUACGCUUGGGAGGCGAGGGAGUUCCUACGCCGAAAGCUGAUCGGCCAAGACGUCACCUUCGCCACUGAAAAGUCGGUCAACACAGCCAGAACGUAUGGGACCGUCUGGUUGGGAAAAGACAGGAAUGGCGAGAACGUGAUCGAGACCCUGGUGUCCGAGGGGCUGGUCACUGUCAAGAAGGACAACCGCAAUCCCACGGUCGAGCAACAGCGAUUGGUCGAACUGGAGAACGUCGCGAAAGUCGCGAAGAAGGGAAAGUGGUCGGACACGCCGACCUCCGAGCACAUACGGGACAUCAAGUGGACCGUCGACGAUCCGCGAAAAUUGGUCGAGAAGUUCGGUAAGAAGCCGAUCAAGGCGGUGAUCGAGUUCGUCUUCGACGGCUCCACCGUCAAGGCUUUCCUCCUGCCGGAUUUCUACAACAUAACGUUGAUGAUCUCGGGCGUUCGCUGUCCCGGCUGGCCCAAUGGACGUCGCGAGAACUCCGUCGGCGAUCCUUACGCGGACGAGGCUAGAUACUUCGUCGAAUCGCGGCUCUUGCAUAGGGAUGUCGAAAUCGUGCUGGAGUCGGUCAACAAUAAUAACUUCAUUGGCAGCAUCAUUCAUCCUAAGGGGAACAUCGCCGAAAUUCUGCUGAGCGAGGGUUUCGCGAAAUGCCAGGAUUGGUCGAUCAGCAACAGCAGAUCCGGCGCGGAGAAGCUGUACCUCGCCGAGAAAGCGGCGAAGGAGGCGCGUCUACGCUUGUGGAAGGACUACAAGCCGUCCGGGCCGCAGAUCGAGUUUACCGGCACGGUGGUGGAAAUCGUCAACGCGGACGCGCUCAUUAUCCGAACGCAGAACGGGGAGAACAAGAAAGUAUUUCUGAGCAGUAUUCGGCCGCCCACCCGUGAGAAGAAGAACACCGAGGACGGCAACAAUACUGCUCGGCCGAAGGACUUCAGACCUCUCUACGAUAUACCGUGGAUGCUGGAGGCGCGAGAAUUUUUGCGCGAGAAAUUCAUCAGGAAAAACGUAAAAGUGGUGGUCGAUUACACGCAGCCGGCCAGGGACAAUUUCCCGGAGAAGCUGUGCUGCACCGUAACCUGCGGCAAAACAAACAUCGCGGAGGCACUGGUCGCCCGAGGUCUCGCGCGAGUCAUCAAGUACAGGCAGAACGACGAUCAGCGUUCCUCUCAUUACAAUCUCUUGCAAGUGGCCGAGAGCAAGGCGGAGAAAUCACAGCACGGGCUGCACGCGAAGAAAGACAUUCCAGUUCACAGAAUAGUGGAUCUCUCGAACGAUCCCUCGAAGGCGAAGGCGUUCUUGACGUCGCUCAAACGAGCGCAGGGGAUCAGAGCGGUCGUCGAGUUCGUGACGAGCGGCUCGCGGCUGAAGCUCUACCUUCCCAAGGAGGAUUACGUUAUCACGUUCGUGCUGGCUGGAAUAAGAACUCCGCGCUGUCAAAGAACGUUGCCCGGCGGUGGCGUGGUGAAAGCCGACGAGCACGGCGAGAAGGCUCUCGCCUUCACCAAGGAGCACUGUUUCCAGCGGGACGUGGAGAUCAAGAUCGAGAACACGGAAACGAAACUGAGCGGUUUCAUAGGCUGGUUGACGGUCAACGACAUCAACAUGUCGGUCGCUCUAGUCGAGGAAGGUCUGGCUGAGGUUGUGAAUUUCCCGGACUCCGGAGAACUCACGAGAACUCUCAAGGCCGCGGAGGAAGGUGCGAAAACAAAGAAGCUCAAUAUCUGGAAGAAUCGCGUGGAAGUGCCGGUGGAGACCGACAAGAUCGUGGACGAAAAGGAGGGGCAGGAGCGGAAGAUCGACUACCAAAAGGUUGUCAUCACCGAGGUCACCGACGAACUCCACUUCUAUGCCCAGUUCGUCGAUCAGGGCACCCAGUUGGAGAGUAUGCUUCUGCAAUUGCGCCAGGAGUUGGCGGCUAAUCCGCCGCUUCCUGGCGCCUACAAGCCGACCCGGGGAGAUCUGGCGGUCGCGAAAUUCAGCGGCGACGAUCAGUGGUACCGCGUGAAAACGGAGAAGGUCUCCGGCAGCAAUGUCAGUGUGUUCUACAUCGAUUACGGCAACAGGGAGACCCUCAACGUCACGCGAGUCGCCGAUCUGCCUGCGCGUUUCGCGACCGACAAGCCGUACGCCCACGAAUACGCACUCGCGUGCGUGACCCUUCCGAGCGACACGGACGACAAGAGAGCGGCGAUAGACGCAUUUAAGGAAGACGUAUUGGAUAAAAUUCUGCUCUUGAAUGUCGAAUACAAAUUAGGCAACAACGUAACUGCCGUGACACUGAUGCAUCUCAACACAAACGAAGAUAUCGGAAGGGGUCUCAUUUCCGACGGAUUCUUGCACGUUCAAAAGCAUCGAGACAGGAGACUCACCAAAUUGAUCGAGGAAUACAAGAAAGCCGAGGAAGACGCGAAGCACAACCAUCGCAAUAUCUGGAUGUACGGGGAUGUAAGGCCAGAAGACGACGACAAGGAAUUCGGGUUGUAAUUCAUAUGCUCAAUAAUGGGGGAUAAGCACUAUCAAUAUGGGGGAAGAGAAAUGACAGAUCGUGUUUAAAAAAGAAAUCACGUAACAAGCAACAGAAUAUACGAUUCUAUGUAUGCUACAUAGAUACAAAAAUAACAAUGUCGAUAUGAGAGUCACAUGUCGCGUUAGUCUCAAUGCAACUAUAUAUCUCAGUAUAUAUAAAAAGAAUUGUACAUAACGAUUUUAAUAAUUUCUGUAAUGAACAAUGAACAAAGCGUGUGCGCAUGCAGGUAGUCCUUGAACGAGACUGCGCAGCGAUUGGCAUUGCAUGUGAUCUCAUCGACAUGAGCAUUCGUUAAUUCGGUGCCACAAAUACAAAUUGUUUGAGGACCUGAUGUUUUCAAUCCGGUACGAAAUCCUUCAAUGUGCAAUUCAACACGUUAGAUAUAUUCAUGUUAAAUGCAUCAAUUGCUUUUCCUGGAUGGAUAAACGAUAAUCAUGUUUAACUCAUGUACGCGCUACUCUUUUCAAGUUUUUAUAUGCAAGGAUUGAUCAUGUAGCUGUAGAAUUUGUAAUCGCAGAUUUCAUCGGGCACUGAUAAAACCAAGAUACGCACGAUUCAUAUCAGUAAAACGUCAGAGUAUUUUCAAUUGAAGCGACAUCAAGCGACAAGCGAGAAACACAUUUUUCAACUUUUCAACGAGGCACGUGCGUGCGCGUGUGCACGCAAAUUCAGCAUAAUAUAAACGGGGGAAUAUAUAGUAAUAAUAAUGUGAAGGAAGAUACUGUAAAAUUAUACUGUCUUUCUUGCCAUCUCUUUCCGGAACGAAUCUUUCACGUUAUCUAUGUACGUUGUAUGCAUAAACGAGUUUGAUAUUAAUGUACUUACAACAAAUUAUUUAUGCACAGUUGUCCUACAAAUCAGUCCUACAAAUUGCAGUACAACAAGAUAUAAAUUUUUAAUGUUCAAAAUAUAUUUACGAUAAACAGAUGUUAUCUACUGUGUGUUCGGGUGAAGUAACUCGCAAUUUUCUGCGGUACAAAGAAUAUGUGUUAGAUUCUAUGCACCACAGAACAAACUCGCAUGUUUAUUUUUUAUCAGAAUUGCUAUACAUAUAUAUUACAUUUUAGCGCAUCUUCAAUUUAUAUCACCUUUAACCACGCUGGGAAUUUCUAUCUUUUUUUUUUUAGACACUUUGUGAUGAUAAACUAUCGUUUGUGAUAUUUUGUUCAUGUUAUCACGUUAUCAUUGACUCUAUACUUUGUAAAUAAAAUCCUAUUGGAUGUUUGAUAUGCCGUACACACUGUAGGAUCAGAAGAGUUUUCUUCUCCAAAAAGAAAGACUUGUUUAAAUUAUGUUAAGAGUAUUACGAUUCUUUUAAACAUCCACAAGAUAUACCGGAAUUUCUGUUGUAUUGAUAUAUAUAUAUACUUGACUCCUUUACAUUACUGUUAUACGUAGCGAUAAUACUUUAUAUUUCGAAUAUUUUUCUCUUUCUGCAAUAAAAUAGAAUAUAUUGAUAAACACAGAGUAUCGUAACUAUGUUGUAGAAAUGUCUGAAGCAAUGAUCAAGAAUAAAUGCAAGAGGAAUGUUUUCCAAUA